AAAUCAGCCUCACCUUCUCGGCCAGUUGCCGGUUCUUCUCCCGCCAGCCGCCGCCAGGAUUACUGAUGGAAUCUUAUCAGACCUUUGUUGGACGUGUCGCGAAGUACAUAUAAUACUUCAUUUAGGAGUUUUGAUUUUUGCUUCGAGUCUGUAUCUGCUUGGCUAGAGAUUAGAGAAUGGAUAGGGGCACAGAGCGAGAUCUGCUAAUUGCAGAAAAUAUUGUCCAACCAUUACUUAUUAUGGCUUCAAAUUGCUCUAGUAUAGAAACGGCUCUUGAGAAGCUUAUUGAAAUUGCCAAAACGGUAGAAGGUCGUUCGGACCUUGCUUCCCUAAAUAUCAUUUCCCAAUUACUACGACUUUGCUUAUCCGCCUUGUAUCCUGUGGGUCAUCAAGUCCUUUCACUCUCCUUAAAGUUACUUAGAAACUUGUGCGCAGGAGAAAUAAGAAACCAAAAUGCUUUCCUUGAAAAGAACGGAGCAGAAGUUGUCUCAACUAUUAUCAAUUCCGUUGGGCCCACUUAUGAUAAUAAUGUCGGUAUUGUUUGGUUGGCUCUGCAACUUCUGGCUAAUUUUGUAUUGGCUGGUGGAGAACAUCAACGUGCUGUUUGGUGCCAAUUCUUUCCCCAUGGGUUCUUGAAUAUCGCCAGAGUAAGAAGCAGGGAGACUUGUGAUCCCUUGUGUAUGGUUAUUUAUACUUGUUGUGCAGGUGAUGAUGCCCUUUUGACAGCCUUAUGUGAUGAGCAGCAAGGGUUGCAUGUGGUCAUUGAAAUAGUGAGGACAGCAUCCAUGGCUGAUUUGGCAGAAAGUUGGUUCAAACUGCUUCUAUCAAGAAUUUGCCUGGAAGAGUCUUACAUUGCAUCAGUUUUCUUCAAUUUAGAUCCGGGCUAUGCUGCUGAUAUGAUUCCUGGAUCUGAGCAUUUUGUGUCUGAGCAAGCAUAUAUUUUGAGCACCCUUUCCGAGAUUUUGAAUGAGAGAAUAGAGGAUUUAGCCGUAACGCCUGAUUUCGCUUUGCACAUUCUUGGGAUACUGAAAAGUGCUGCUGCUAGGGUUGACUUUUCCACUAGAGGAAAAACCAGUCUUCCAACCGGGACCACUCUCAUCAACAUUCUGGGCUAUUCUUUGACCAUCUUGAGAGACAUUUGUGCAUGUGAUCGUCGCACUGGCCUCAAAGAUGAUGAUGCCGUGGCUGUGCUAGUUUCAUCUGGACUAAUUGAAUUGCUGCUUUCUUUCCUAUCUGGCCUUGAACCUCCAGCAACCAUCCAAAAAGCAACUAAACGGCAGGUGGGGGGCACAACUGGUCAGAUUGAUUGUUGUCCUUACAAAGGGUAUAGGAGAGACAUUGUUGCAGUCCUUGGAAACUGUGCAUAUGGGAGAAAACAAGUGCAAGACGAAAUCAGAAAGAAAAAUGGCAUUGUUUUGUUGUUACAGCAGUGUGUCACUGACGAAGACAAUCCCUUCUUGAGGGAAUGGGGCAUUUGGGCUGCAAGGAAUCUACUUGAAGGAAACAAAGAAAACCAAGAAGUCGUUGCGGGUUUGGAGCUCCAGAGAAGCUUAGAUGUGCCUGAACUCGCUAGGCUUGGUCUUCGAGUCGAAGUAGACCCUAUCACUCAUCGUGCGAAGCUUGUUAACGGAUGAUUAGACUAUAAUCAAGGUACAUUGAUUAGUAUUUUUAUCAAUCGAAAUACUUAGUAAUUGUUAUUUUGUGGUUUUAAAUAUAUUGUUAUUAGGUGUUUUGUAUUAUGCUAUUAUUAUUGCUUUAAGUAAAAGCCUUCAUUUUGA